CCGGAAGCUAAGCGAGUGAAAUCAAUCAAAUGAAAGCCUAACUGUGAAACACGAUGCAGUGGUACUUCGUCGCGACACUUCUCACUAUUCUCACUAGUUCUCAGGGGAUUUUGACUACUCUCUCUCAAAGUAAUGGAGGGUAUAAGUAUGAUUAUGCUACAGUUCCAUUUCUUGCUGAAUUUUUCAAGUUGGUGGUUUCUAGUUUUCUUCUUUGGAGAGAGAUCCGGACAUCUUCUCCAAGGAUGACUACAGACUGGAAAAGUGUCCGCUUAUUUCCCAUUCCGUCAAUCAUAUAUCUGAUUCACAAUAAUGUUCAAUUUGCUACACUGACUUAUGUUGACACUUCCACUUAUCAGAUCAUGGGUAAUCUUAAGAUUGUCACAACUGGCAUAUUAUUCAGGCUAUUCUUGAGGAGAAAACUCUCUAAUCUCCAGUGGAUGGCUGUUGUGCUAUUAGCUGUUGGAACAACCACAAGCCAGGUUAAAGGUUGUGGAGAAGCUUCAUGCGAUUCUUUAUUUUCAGCACCAAUCCAAGGGUAUACGUUGGGUAUCCUAUCUGCUUGUCUAUCAGCAUUAGCCGGUGUUUAUACAGAAUUUCUUAUGAAGAAGAAUAAUGAUAGCUUGUAUUGGCAGAAUGUAGAAUUGUAUACGUUUGGUUCUAUUUUUAAUAUGUUCCGGCUUCUAAUGGAUGACUUCAGAGGAGGGUUUGAGAAGGGACCUUGGUGGCAACGCCUUUUUGAUGGAUAUAGUAUUACAACUUGGAUGGUUGUUUUGAACCUUGGAUCCACUGGAUUGCUGGUUUCAUGGUUGAUGAAGUAUGCUGACAAUAUUGUGAAGGUUUAUUCCACUUCAAUGGCAAUGCUGCUAACAAUGCUUUUAUCUGUAUACCUUUUCAGUUUUAAGCCUACACUGCAGCUUUUCUUGGGCAUUAUUAUUUGUAUGAUGUCACUGCACAUGUAUUUUGCCCCUGCAAACAUGCUUGUAGAUGUACCUUCUGUGAAAGCGGCUCCAGAGAACCUAAGGGAAAUUUCUGUCGAACGAAGAACCGAUUCCUAAUGUUUCUUGGAGAUGAGAGAAAUCUUAAGCGAGGAGAGAAAAAGGUUGCAGUAUUUGUAUAAUUGGCUGAAGUACAAUGAUUAAAACAUUAUAGAGGAGGAUACCAACUUGUAUUUGGAAGAGCAUCCAUGGGUGGAGUAAGAACCGUCUUUAAGCGUCUGGAUUCGUCUCUGCAAUCAGUGGUUGCUGUCCUAGAUAGUGAUUACGCCUACUUAAACGACAGAAUUUUGCAAAUGUUGUGGAAGGGAAAGACUAAUCUUACUAUUUAAACGACAGAAUUGGAUAAUUGCAUUUGUAUAUUUGCUGAAUCACUUGUUCAAAAUCAAAUCUAUUUGUGUAAUUCUUUUCAGACCGAUGAAAGAAACCAUUGAAAUAUGUCUUAAAAGCAUCCUUUAGUUACUAAUUAUAUACGAAAUUUUCAAUGUACAAUACCUC